AACCGCAAGCACUCCAUUCUCCCCGCCACUAGAAGGUUAUCUGCUGCUGCUCUCCCAUCCACAAAAACACGUCUAACCUCCCUCCACUGUGAGUGACUGUGCUCUCAAACACACACAAACCCCCCCGCCCCCCUCUCUCCGAUUUUUUAUCAAACAUGUCAUCUGCGGUGGUUGCAGGUGCUUCAUCCUCUUGCUCCGCUGCUAUUACAAAGAGUUAUUCCAUCAAAUCUAGUUCAACCUCAUCCCCCAAGCCACUUGUUCCGCACUGUCUGCAGAAAACUCCCUUUCAAAGGCUCUCUCUUCUAGAUGCCAAAAGGGGCUUUUCAAGUUCUUUCACAGCUGACAAAAGAAGUAGGUUUAGAAUUCCGAGAAGACGUCUUGAAAUCACAGCAAGAACUGCUUCAAAGAAUAUUGAGGUUGAAGUUGACAAGCCACUGGGCCUAACUUUGGGUCAAAAGUCAGGAGGUGGAGUGGUCAUUACUGCUGUAGAAGGAGGUGGGAAUGCUGCAAAAGCAGGGCUCAAGGUCGGGGAUCAGGUACUCUACACCAGCAGUUUCUUUGGAGAUGAACUUUGGCCUGCUGAUAAGCUGGGAUUUACGAAAACUGCCAUCCAAGCAAAACCAGAUUCUGUCUACUUUGUUGUUAGCAGAGGGGUCGAGGUAGAUGUUAAAAGACUACCAAAGCGUCCAGCACCUCCUCGCUUUGGCAGGAAGUUAACCGAAGCUCAGAAGGCCAAAGCAACGCACAUAUGCCUUGAUUGUGGUUACGUAUACACCAUGUCGAAACCUUUCGAGGAGCAGCCGGAUGAAUAUGCAUGUCCACAAUGCAGAGCACCGAAGAAGAGAUUUGCUCGGUAUGAUGUUAGCACCGGGAAGGCAAUAGGUGGGGGUCUACCUCCAAUUGGGGUCAUUAUUGGGCUUGUGGCAGGUCUUGGCGGAGUUGCAGCAUUACUCGUUUACGGUCUUCAAUGAGAAACUCUUCAACUCUGGAUUCAAUAUUCUGUUCCAUUCGUAGUAUCAUUUUACCCCGAAAUUCAUUUUUUUUUUUUUUUUUUUCUGUUUCACUGCCGUGAAAUGAAGCGUGAAAAUAUGGACUUGAGAAAUGUGCAUUGGAAUUUGGAAGUCCCUUUCGGAAACAUAUGUAACAAACUAGUGGAGGGUAUGUGUGUAUGAAAUGGUCAUUUUGAGGGGAUUAUUUCAUAA